GACGUUUUGGGUUUUUCGACACGCGACCUCGUUCAACAUCCUUUUUUGCCCGGGUCCUAGAUUGGGGGGCCCCGUUGAUGAUACCAGACGGUCCAGACGACCUUUCCCCCCUCCCGCCCUCUUUGCUUGAGUGCCCGUCCGUCCAUCUGUAAAUGUCAGCAACCGCAAAAGCAAUAUAUAAAAUAAAAAAACGACCGUCCUUGGGCCCCUUGUGGAGACCCUCGACGCGGUUCGACAAGGGGAAAGAAAAGUGGCUGUUUUUUUUCCUGUCUGCCAGCAGGAAGAGAGAGGGGGGGGGUCCGGCAUCGGCGUUCCCCACCAUCCCAACCUUUUCCUUAUGUUUACCCGUUGAACCUGGGCCCCCCCUUUGCCAGAUUCGACCGCCCGCAUCAAUUUUCACCUUGCGGGGAAGAAGGAGAGAGAGGAGAGAAGCAGGUAAGGGGGGAGGCGGGAGGGCCGGGGGGGCGUAUGUGUUCGUGGCCCAAAUCAAUGGGUACAGUGAAGAAAAAUGUGGCGGGCAAGGGAUGUAUGUAUGUGUGUGUUGUCCGGCCGUGAAGAACGGUGAAGGACCGAACCGGUUAGAGCCCGACCGGGUAUGGAUGCGGCGCCGGCGCCGGCGGCAGCGGCAGCAGCGACAUACGACAGGUCAUUCGCUAUAGCGCGGGACAGUUGCAGGGGGCAUGGCAGGCACGGUUAGCGUGGCAGGCAAGCUCUUGUCCAUCAAGCAACAUGUGUGUGUGUGUGU